AUGACCCGCCGCCGCCGCGCCCGCCCCGCCCCGCCACCGGCGGCGCUGGAAGACGACGACCUCCUGCGGAAGAUUUUCCUCCUCCUCCCGCCUCAGCCCUCCACCCUUCCCUGCGUCUCCGUCGUCUGCAAGCAGUGGCGCGACGUCGUCACCGACCCCCAAUUCCUCCGCGGCUUCCGCGACCAACACCGGAGACCUCCGCUCCUCGGCCUCGUCAUGGGCCACACCGCGUCGCCCUACUUCAGGUCCGAUCUCAACCCUCCAGACCACAUCCCGCACGAGCGCUUCUUCCCUCGAGACAUCCGCAGCAUGAACAUGGACAUAUUCGACUGCCGCCAUGGGCGCGUCGUCUUCUUCGCCCAACGGCUGGGCGAGGUCGUGCUGUUUGACCCCGCCACGGGAGGCCGCCGUUGUGUGGUCGUUCCACCAGUGUUUCACGGAAAGGAGAUUGGCGUCUUCAACGCCGCCGUGAUUUGCGUUUCCGGCGACGAAGGCCACGUGCACGGCGAUUGCCACGCCAGUCCAUUUCAGGUGGUCUUGAUGGGCAUCAGUGACGACUAUAAACAAGCUUUCGCCUCUGUCUACUCAUCGGAGUCUGGCAUAUGGGGUGAUAUCAUCUCCAUAGAGAAUCGUGAGAUGUAUGAUUUGAAGCAACCCAGUACACUUAUUGGAAAUGCCCUUUACUGGUUGUUUCCUGGAGAUGAUGGGGAAGGCAUACUGGAGUUUGAUUUGGGUAGGCAGAGCCUAGCCAAUAUCGAGAUGCCGCAAGGUCUGGUGUACUAUAGUCCUCGCAGCCUUCAGGUCAUGGUAGCAGACGGUGGCUGUGUCGGCCUCGCCAUUCUGUCAUGCUAUAGAUUCGAAAUGUGGGAGAGGAAGGUCAGUUGUGAUGAUGGUGUUGCUGGAUGGGUGUUGCAGAAGACCGUUCAACUGAACACGAUCCUUGGAUUGGGGCCUAUGGGGGGACUGGACAAUUUACUAAUGGGAUAUGAUGAAGUUGAUCAUGUGAUUUAUAUAAGGACGGACAUUGGUUUCUACAUGGUUCGACUUGAGUCGAUGCAGUUCAGGAACCUCGGCAAAGACAAUUUCAGCAAUACUUCCUAUCUUCCCUACAGAAGUUUCUAUACUGCAGUGAGUGACUUGGCAGUAUGCGAGAGGACUGGUGAACUCUUUGCACCUCUUGCAAAUGAUUACCUCCUUGCUUCAUGGGGUGUAGAAGCAGUAGGAGGUAACGAAGCAGCUACCUUGAGUGAAACCUCACCGGAAGGAGGUACGGUCGGCAUGUCAAAGCACAUAGAUCAAGGAAAGGAUGCAGAUCCUGCGCCUAGCCGGGCACUAAAACAAACACGAAUUGACGUGAUAUUCAAGAAGGAGACCGAGACAAGAUCAAAGCUUAGCAAAGCUUGGGCAAAAUGGUUUCGGAGCAAUGGCGUUCCUGCAAAUAAAGCAGACUGCCCACACUUCUGUAGUGCCUUGAAGCUAACACAACAACUAGGUACCCGCCUCGUUGCUCCUACAGGCAACGAAAUAGACAGUGCAAAUCUGGACGCCAGUGAUGAAGAACUACCAUAA